AUGGCGGGCAGUCUUCACGCCCAGAUUACCGAGUCGCUGACGCCUGGGCGCGUCUUCGGCUCCCUAUUCCUCGUCUUUGUUGGCCUGCUCGUCCUCGAUCACACAUGGAAGCCCACGUACCCAGAGAACAUACCCGUCGUCGGCUAUGGGAAGGGCACCGUCGCGCGGUUCAAGAACUUUUACUACUACGUAUUCCGCUACCGAGACUGGUACAAUAAGCAGAACCGCGCAUUCGUGGUCCCCGCUGCCGCAAGUCGAGCGCCCGACAUCAUUAUCCCGCAAUCCCUCACGAAAUGGCUUCUUGAGUACCCGGACUCGGUCGUUUCCGCCCACGAAGCGCAUAACGACGUGCUCUACAGCGAUUACAACUUUCUCGGCAAGGUGUACGCGGACGAUGUGUGGCAUACUCUGGUCAUCCACAAGAGCCUGGCGCGCCACCUCAGCGCCCUAGUCCCCGCGAUCGAAGAAGAGGUCUCUGUGGCCGUGGACGAAGCCUUUGGCACCGAUACCGAGAACUGGAAGACACUGAACUUGUGGGACGCCUGGUUGACAAUUGUGCCGCCUGUGACGAACCGGAUGCUCGUGGGCGAGGGCGUAUGUCGCAACAAGGGGUUCUGCAAGGCCAUGGUCUCGUUCGUCGACCAGGUCAUUCUCAACUGUUUUGCGCUGCACAUGGUUCCUCAAACCAUCUUGCCCAUCCUCGGACCCUUGAUCGCCUUACCCAACUGGUGGCUCUGGCGCAAAGCGUCCAAGCACAGCUUGCCCGUGAUCAAAAAACGACUCGACGACAUGGCCAAGAAGGAGGCGGGCGACCCUGCGUACGAGAGCUGGGUUGCGCCCGAGGACUUCAUCACCUGGGAUAUUCGCAUGGCCAAGGACGAAGCCAAGUUCUUCGAACUCGACCCCUAUGUCAUCUCGAAGCGACUGCUACCGAUCCAGUUUGCCGCCAUCCACACCACCGUCAUCACCGGGCACAGCAUCGUCUUGGACCUGCUGAGCUCGGACCCGGCAAAGGGCCAUAUUGAGGGUAUCCGAGAAGAGGCAGCGCGCGUCCUCGGCGAAGAGGGCGGCCGUUGGACAAAGAACGGGCUGUCGCGGCUCUACCGCCUCGAUAGCGCCAUUCGCGAGAGCCAAAGGCUGAGCAACUUCAGCUGCACCCUGAUGGAGCGCAAAGUCAUCGCCAAGGAGGGCAUCACCAACGAGCAGGAGGGCUGGCAUCUGCCAAAGGGCACGUUCCUCACCGUGAACCUUGAAGGUCUUCACCACGACGAGGAGCUCAACCCCAAUGCGAGGGACUAUGACGCAUUCCGGACAAGUCGGAAGCGGGAAGAGUACGAGGCGAAACCGCAGUCGGAACGCAACUUGGAGGAGGGACUGAGGUUAAAGAACCUGGGCAUGGUCACGACAAGUGAUGCUCAUCUGGCUUUUGGGCAUGGACGACACGCAUGUCCCGGCCGCUUCUUCGUCGCCCACGAGCUGAAGAUGGUCGUCGCCAACUUGUUCCUCAACUACGACGUCAAGCCGCUGGCCGAAAAGCCCAAACACCAGUGGGUUGGCGUUACUGUUGUCCCGCCUGUUGACGCAAAGAUUGAGCUGAAGCGUAGAAAGGGCACUGUAUCAAUACCUUAG